AUACAGUAUUGUUUGGCUCACUCGAUUGUGCGAAUCGCUAAACUUUGCAGUCCGUAGAAAAUAUGUAUCUAAAAACGCAUAUACUAUUGCACUUCAUAUUAAUAUGCGGAAUAAAAACUUGUUUGGGUGAAAAUAAUGAACUGGAAGAUAUUUGCGACUGCAACUGUGAUCUCGAAAUAGACGUUGUUAAACACUUCAACACCCAAUUGGAGUCACUGCAGCAACUUGUGAAGCAAAUUCCAGCACAAAUUUUGAAACUGCAAACUGAGCAAAAACGUCCAAGCCGACCCACCAAUUGCAUGGAGGCAGCCGCUGGUACGCGUAAAAGUGGCAUAUAUACCAUUAAAUCUCAGCUAUUUGGGGAUGAGCCAUUCAAGGUGUGGUGUGAUGAGGAUACGGACUUUGGCGGUUGGAUUGUCAUCCAGCGACGCCUAAGUGCGGAAGUGGAUUUCUAUCGAGAUUGGCAACAAUAUAAGCAAGGAUUUGGUGAAUUGUCGGGCAAUUAUUGGAUAGGUUUGAAUAAAUUGCACGCUCUUACCGCGAGCUUUGAGCAAGAGUUAUAUAUAAAAAUGGAAAGGUUAGAUGGCACAAAGUACUAUGCAAAAUAUGAUUUAUUCGUCAUUGGUAGCGAAGAGGAAGAUUAUGUUUUGCGAACACUUGGUAAUUACACAGGAAAUGCUGGAGAUUCUUUAAAGUAUCAUGAAGGCAGUAAGUUCACAACAUUCGAUCGAGAUAAUGAUGCAAACCCUGCUGGUAAUUGCGCGGAAUUUUUUAGAGGAGCUUGGUGGUACAAAGAGUGUUAUAUGAGCAAUUUGAAUGGCGACUAUUCUCAAAAGGAUAACGGAGAACGCGUAACUUGGAAAAGGGAUGAGUCCUUGAAGUUUGCGCAAAUGAUGAUACGCCCAACGGAAAAAUGUAAUGUAAUGUAAUGAAAAAUUUCUCACCUUUAGAAGAAAAGGCAUAAUCAUAACUAGAAUUAAAACGAGUUUUUGAAAAUUUCUAAUACACUUAUGCCCGGUUGUACCAAACAAUUUAAAAUUUAUCAGCUUGUUAAAAAUUAAAAUGACAAAUUCUUCAUUUUAAAUUUUAACAGUCCGAUAAAUGCUCAAAUUGAUUGGUGUAACUAGAUAUCAAACUGUUAAAAUUUAAAAUAACACAAUUUUGUUAGGAAAUUUUGCUAUUUUAAAUUUUAACAGUCCGAUAUAUUUUAAAAUUGAUUGGUUGUGGAAACAUACGUGCAUGCAUAUGAACCAUUUAUUUUGAAAGCUGCAAAAAUCAUUACGACAUUUUGUGCCUAAAUGGUUAAUUAAAUCUAACUGAACGCAUUCGUGAAUAGUUCUGGCAAAGUUACUGGCAAAUGAUGACUGAAGUCAUAUGACAUGAAAUGGCUUAUGCGACUUUCAAAGCAAAACAGUUCAUAUGUAAACCACUUGGGACAUUUUGUAAUAAAAAUUAUUAACGACAA